AUGGCUUCUUUUGUAAUGAAACAAAUGGUUGGUGGGCAACUUAAAGAGAUGACUGGUGGUUUAGGUGACCUCACUGGUGGAGAUGCUGAAAAUAAAACUGAGACAGGUGAAGAUCCAGAAGUUAUUGCUGCUAGAGAGGAACAGGAAAGACGAAGAAAAGAGAAACAUCGUAAAAUGGAAGCUGAACGUGAAAAGAUGCGUGAAACUAUUCGUGGAAAAUAUAAUAUUCAAAAAAAAGAAGAUGGAAUGCAAUUUAAUAUGAGUGAUGGAAGAAUUGGUUCAUCUGUAAAAAAAACACCGGAACAAUUAGCUGCUGAGAUGGCUGCUGAUGAUGAUAGUAUAAUUGGACAAUUAGGAUUAACUGAACAUGUUGAUAAAGCUAAACAGGUUGUUAAUAACGCUGUAGAUUUGGUUAAAGGAUUCCUACCUUUUGGAAAAUAG